AUGCCCUCUUCGUCUGGCUCCUCUACCAAUUCUUCCUCUUCACAAGGAUCCUAUCCUCUACACCAACCCUAUUUCGGUAGCAUGAUGAUGAUGGGUCAACACCAACAACAACAACACAUGAGUCCACAACAUUCAGUGAGCAGUAGCAGCGGUACAAGCUCUUCCACAACAUCCUCUCAUCCACCAAUGAAUCCUGCCUCGAGUAGCAGUUUCAUUCAAUUCAUUAAAAACCUUCCUGCAAACUCUCACUUUGCACUUGGAUCCGAGAAAAACAAGCCUACCUAUCCCGUUCUUCCUGAAUUUCAGAUUAGAAUUGUAAAUUGUGAUUUACUCAUGUACAAAUGUCGAAGCGAAGGAGCUAAUUGUUUUUUGAGUUGUCAUAUUGCAGCGACCAGGCAUGUCAUUAACGCAUCAUCACCAACCACGGAAGAUAUUUUCACCUUUUCUGAAUAUCCACUCAACUCAAAUAUGAAUUUAAGUGAUCUUUUGAGUGGAAAUUAUUCAAGUGAGCUUGGAGGAAAUACCGUCGUUAGUUUUAAACCAAAGGGUUACAUUUUGAACGCACCCACUGACAUGUAUCAAUACUCUAAAUUCACCAUCAAAUUCCAACUCAUUCUCGAUACUCCAACCACACUUGUUGAGAAUGCUAAUAUUGGCAAUUCAGGUCAAAAAAUUCUCUUGGAUCAAGUUCAGGCCAAUUCUUUUGAACCUCCACUCAUUGCCCUCUCAUUGAAAGAGGACUUCUCGGAAGAUUGUAAAUACAUCAUUGGAUCCCUUGCAGGACGUGCCGAAAACUUGAUUAAAGAUGGAAGUAAGAAGAUUUCAAGACCCGUCGUGAUUUCCUUCUCACCCACGUUGGUCGAUCAUUAUUUGAGUGGAGGUAACACGACGUCCACGCAUAACAACAACUCGACGACGACUACAACGACUGUAGCUACGAGAAAGGAAUUGUACAUUCAUGUCUAUGUGAGAGGUGAGGACGGACAAGAUACACAACAAGAUCAAUUCUGUUUGGUCAAGCAUGACAAGAUCAAAUUGAGGCCAAACAUUUACUCGUAUACCAUUGAUGAGCAACUUGGAAAAUUAGAUAAGGGUGAUAAGAAACCUCAGAAAAACAAAUUUAGACUUGGUGUUGUCUUGUCUACAAAAUUGUUGGUUCUCAACUAUAAGGAUUUCACGAAAAAGAUGAUGAAAUAUCGAUAUCCAACCAAAUUGAAGGAAAAUCCAUCUCUCUUGUAUUGGCUUGAAACCAAUCAAUUCCAAUGUGCAAAACGAGAAGAAAUUUGUAAAGCUCCUACCAAAAGAAAACAAAGUGCCAUCUCUUCUAUCGAUGAUUCGAAUAAUAAUGGAGGAGCAGGAGGAUUGAGUCCAGGUCUCAGCAGUAGCGGAAUCAACAUGAUGCCACCAAUAUCUCCUCCUCUCGGAAAUGCUCCAAAAGCCAUCGCUACUGAACUCAAAAACAUGUUAUCGUUGAGAAUGCUCAAAAUCAUGCAUGGCAAUGAUUUGGACAAACAGAAAUUAUUGUCAGAAUUUGAAGAGAAAACUCGUCAAUUAUUGGAUUUAUAUAACCUGUUGCAAGGUGCAGACGAAUAUCGACUGGUUAGUUUCAAAUUUACUGCCAUUAAUCCAGCAGAAGGAAGAGAAGGAACUCCAGUUUCCGUCUACUCACCAACACCCUUAACAGAAGAAUUGAAAUUUACCAUUCAAUUCGGUACUCAAUAUUUACCUUACAGUGGGGGUAUUACUUCGAGACAUACCAUUGGAUUCAAUGCUCCUCCAAAUCCAAUGCCUGAACAAAGCGAAUAUGUCAUCACUGUUCAUUCCAAAGACGCCUAUGUCAUGGUAGAACCUUCCGAGCAAGUAUUGAUUUUCAAAUAUCUCAAAGACGAUCAGGCUCGUUUGGAACAACAAGUAGGUUCCUCUUUGGCCUCUCAACAGCAACAGCAACAAGAUGCUCGUAUGAGUGGCUCCUAUGAGACGUCUUCAUCCUUUAGAGGACUGUUGGGAAGUUCUAUGAGUGGUGAAGUUAUGGAAGACUCGUUUUUCACAGACCCCUCUUUCUUGGAUGAUAAUCUUGCUUGCAUUUUCGCAUUGGGUGAUUUCACAAAGGCCAAAGACUAUUUCCAACAUCAUGAUUUGUUUGAUUUGUUGAAUGUAAAGGAUGAUAUUCAUCAAAAACUUCCACUCGAGAACGCCAUUCACUUUAAGAGAAACUUAUUCCUCUAUCGAGUGAUACCUCUCUUGUACAAUUAUUGGAUGGAUGAAGUGAGAGAUUUGAAUGCUCAAGCAAAGACAUUGUCUGAUUUGUACCAGAGUGAUUCAGAAUUGUGUGAUGCUUUAUCACAAAGCAUGUCAUCUCUCCAAAUUCAAGUGAGUGAGGAUGACAAUGAUGAUCAAGAACCCAUGGAUUCAAAUACUUUGUCAGCAACAACAACACAAAAUGAUGUUGGAGCUUCUCGAUCAAUCUCGACUCAACAACACCAUCAACAUGCGACUGGCAGCAUGGAUUCUCCACGUAUUUUGGUAUCCUUGGACGAAUCAGUCGACCCCACUACACCUUCUUCGCAAACACAACCACAACCUCAACAACCUCAAAAUUCACAAUCAAGCAAGUUAACAGCUGGUAAAAUUUCAAGAAAAUCUUCCUUCAAGGAAAUGCUUACGAAAUUAUUUGCUGUGGAUAGUGGAAUUACAAAAUCAGAGAAUGCUUCUGAUGAUUUGAAUGAUAUCAUGAUGGAAAUUGCUACAUCAGCAACACCUUCACCAAAACACGUCACUACAUUUGCCAAAUUUGAUCCCCAACUUACCACUCGAAUUUUGGCACCAACAGAAGUACCCAAUUUCCUCAAACCAGAGGAAGUCGAAAAUCUCGCUCCUCUCAAACACAAACUCCAAAGAUUUGAAAAUGAAUUCGAGUUAAAGGACAUUGAUAAGAUUACUCAAAAUCUAGGAACAUUUUCAACACUCAUUCAUUCCUAUUUCGAGAAGGAAUUUCAUUCUAGUAAGGUUACCAUUCAGUUAGUCUUGUGUGCCGCUUCCAAUGCUAAAAAGAAUCUGAAAGACAAGACAGCACUCUCAAAUCAAGGUAAUAAUGAUUUUGAAGAAAUAUUCCACAACUUUGAUGUUUCUCUCCAAUUCAAUGAAGAUACAAACAUUACUUGGGAUACAGUUAGAGGUAUUUCCAAGAUUACUUCCAAACCUCUCCUCAACAGACUCUAUGCCAGUAUUGACAUCUUUUCUGUGGAAGGUAAACAACGAGUUCAAGCAUUCAUCAAGAAAGUUGCCAUGACUAUCGCAUAUUGGAAUGUGAUACAACCACAAGACACUCACAGUGCACAUCAAUUCGUAGAAUCCAUCUUGUUGGAGACUGGUUAUUUGGCCACCUGUAAGAGUCUAUUCGAGGCAUUUGCAUCUGUGGUGGAUAUCAAGAAGAGUCCUCUUGUCUCUGAAAAGAACAUUAAGAGAAAACUCAACAUUCCAAAAGAAAUUCAAAAAUCAUUUUCAAAGAAGAAAUGGUCCUUCGCAACGCUCAAAGACACUUAUGAAUUUAACGAUUUGUUGAAUAUGGCAACAACGAAUUCAGAAUCGAAUGAAACUCUCAUUACAGACCUCACAAGAAUUGUUCACGGUUUUGAACGAGCUCUCAAAUAA